AACACGUGGUUAAGUGUAUACAGUUGCAAAAGUUUUGAAUAGUGAUAUUAAAUUGUAGACGAAGCAAAGGAAAAUCGCGUUAUUUAAACGAGUUUAUCGAAUUCUGCUCCAACUGCCGAAACUAUGCUGGAAGAACAAAAUGAACCUUCAUCAAGUGACGAAGAUGAAGAGAGUCUUUUUUUGCCACAAGCCAAAGAAGUGUUUGCCCAACGAAGGAAGCCUGUUGUCAUUCCCCGUUUUCCAGAAAAUUUCACCAAUGAAGAAAUAAAUCCUGAUGAAGAAGAUGCUGAUGAUAGUCUUACUGAUGAAGAAGAUGAACUGUCAAAUGACGAAACAAGUGAAAUAGCAAAGGCUACCACAGAAAGCAGUGAAGAAGAGCAAGAAGAUGAGGAAGAGAUACAAAAUCAAGGGGAGACCAUUGAGCAACUAGCUGCUGGUCGAGAAGAAAAGGAAGAUGAUGAUAUAAUUAUUGCCAUCUCUAAUGCUGCGAAACCCCAGGAAAAAACAAAGCCACCUGACCUGAAGACGUCUUUAAACUGCAUGGUAACAGAUAUCAGCUUUCAUCCAAAUGAAGAGCUGAUUGUGAUGUCAGACAUUGAAGGAGAAAUCACCUGUUAUAAAUAUGGAAAUGAGGAGAAUGAGUUGCUGCAUACUCUUAAUCAUCACAAAAAAUCAUGCCGUGCCCUGACAUUCAAUCAUGAUGGAGCUUUAUUGUUUUCAGCCUCCAAAGACAAAAGUGUUGUAAUAACCGACACGGAAACCAUGAAAGUUACCCAGUCCUUCUUCAAAGCUCACAGUUCACCCAUCUAUAGUUUGCUCUGUAUGGAUGCAAAUAUUUUUGCAUCCGGUGAUGAUAAUGGGGUGGUAAAAGUAUGGGACAAGCGUCGCAGUGUACAAAAGCCCGUUGCCGAGUUUAAGGAGAUGGACGAAUUCGUUAGUUCGAUGAUCACGGAUUCGGGAUCUCGCCUAUUAGUAUGUACUAGCGGAGAAGGAACUUUGACUGCGUUUAACCCCAGAAGAAAGAAAAUGGAAGGCCAGUCUGAAGUCUAUCCAUCUGAAAUGAACUGCGCUGGACUAAUUCGACAAGAAACCAAAGUCCUUGCCGGUCUUGGUAACGGCAAUAUGUACAUUUUUGAUUGGAAAUCUUUCGGCUACCACAGUGACGCAUUUGGAGACCAUCCGUCGGCAAUUAACUGCAUGUUGCCGAUCAUGGAUAACAUUGUUAUUACUGGUUGUGACGACGGCAAAAUCAGAGCAAUCAGUCUAUUCCCACACAGGUUCUUGGGAGUAGUGGGGCACCACAAGUUUCCAAUUGAGCGAUUGGACAUUUCAACGUGUGGCCACUAUAUAGCUUCGACUUCGCACGAUGGACGAGUACGAUUCUGGAAUAUUUCAUACUUUGAGAAUCCCGACCUGAAACUGAUGGAAUCAACAACAAAGAAGUCCGUGCGGAACAAGAAACGUUCUUUACGAAAAGAGAAAUUAGGAUUUCAGCUCCCAUCCUCAAAGAGGCGGAACAAAGGAGACUUUUUUGCAGGAUUUGCUGAACCUGAGCCUGAAGCCGGACCUGCAGAGGAAGCCGAAAAUGAGUCAGAAUCAGAGUCUGAUACCGAAAGCAGUUCCGACAGUGAUUAGUAUUGAUUAUUUCUCCUCUCCAUUUCCUUAAGCUUGACUACGUGGUGUUUUGCAUCCGAUGAAUCUGGACUAAUACAAUCGAAAAGUUAUGAUAA